GUCAUAAGAGUCGCUCACAUAUCUAGAAGAGCAGAGUGUGAAAACACUUGCCAGCAGCAUGGAGAGGAAGGCAGGCGCUCGCAGAAAAGUAUGCUUCGGCAGCUCACAACCAAGGAAAUUGUUCCCAGCUCAUUGUGCCCCAGACCGCAUGGGUAUAACUCUACCCCCCAUAAGAGGAAACCCACAUCUUGGACCAGGGUGCUAUUUUAAGGAUGAUGAUGAUAUCCCCCAUAAAUCCACCAGCUCAAAAAGAUAUCCUACGAUGGGAGCCAGCACGGCAACCCGCUUCCCACCAAUUAAACAGGUGCAGACUCCGAGCCCAUCAGAAUAUCAAAAAUUUUGGACCCAAACACGCAAAUCUGUGCCAUUCUACGCACCUUUCAAUAGCGGUACGAAGCGGUUUCCAGAUCGAAAGCUGGAUUAUUCUUCUAACCCAGCCCCUGGGACCUAUAGCAGCAACAUCGAGAUCGGCAGGAGGGUGCAGUGGCCGGGGAGAUUUGGAUCCCCAGAUUGGUCAGCUGUGCCAAGUCUAAAGAAGAGGUCACUGAGAUCGGAGCUUCCUACAGACAAAGAGUUCCGAAAAAAUAGGAACCGGGUGGCGUACCUGAAGCUCUAUGAAGCAGACAAGAAAUAAUCUCACGUGUGUUUAGACGUUAUUAGCUGUGUAAGAGUAGCAACUAAAAUGACAUACAAUAAAAAAUAAAAAUCAAAAAAAAAAUCUGUUUUUUAUUUGAUCAUGUGAACAUGUUCUCUUGCUUCUGUUUUGUGAAAUAUAGACACACACUUUAGAUAAUUUCUUUU